AUGUCGAAUAUUUCAAAGAGAAGAAGAGAGGGUUCGAGGAGCAAGAUAAAGAGUAUGGGUGACCACAAAGAGUUCCUGAAGCGUAUCACCAAGACCCUGUACUAUGGGGAGCUGCCAACUCUACCCAGUCUGAGCCUUCCUGUUACUGAAAUCUCAUGUGAGCUGUGGUCGGUGUCUCAACGCGGGCGAUCUCUGCGGCGUUUGCACGCAGACGCUGCGGCGAGUAUCGCCCGGAGCGCCUGCGUGUCGCCGUGCGCUCUUGUGCUGGCCAUCCUCUACCUGGAACGACUCAACGCCUGUAACCCUGACUACAUCGCUAACGCCGCACCCGCUGAUCUCUUCCUUGUUUCUUUGAUGGUAGGCAACAAGUUCUUGCAAGACGAUGGUGAAGACGAUGACGUGAUAUGCUCCGAAUGGGCGGCUUCGGGCGGCUUAGAGCUCAACCAGCUCAAGAAGUUAGAAGUGGAAUUCCUUAAUGCUAUAGAUUGGAAAGUGUUUGUGAGCGAUAAAUCGUUUGAGGCCGGGCUGCUGUGGUUAGAACGACAAGUAGCUCUUAGACAGGCUCAACUGCGCGGUUUCUUCACUUACGGCGACCUGGCGGCCACUGUCGACGCGGCCCUGCUCGGCGACCUGCUCACCUCCGUAUCCACCGCCUGCGCCGGCUACCUCACCAGCCUCGUGACUUUCCUUACUUCGACACUCAUGAUCUCCCACGCAUGGCUGCCGGUGCUGCAGUUCAUCGCCUCCCGCGGCUCGCUCAAUACUGUCACCCCACUUGAUACAAAUAUUAUAACGUACAGUUUGCUACCGGAGCUCGCUCCCUACCUGAACAAUGCUACACUAGACGUGCCCCUCGACGAACCUGAGGAAGAAGAGUCCGUCCUUAAUACUGUCAAGUGUUGCACGAAGUGGACUAAAUACCAGGUCAAUAAGGUAACAAAACGAAACUGGUACGACGCUAUCGUCGUAUACGACUGGAAAUCUUUUGAACCGUGGUGGUCGAAGACAUCCGUCCUCAACUGGCUGUAUCAAAGCUCUCUUGUGAACCCCAUGCAGCGAUGGCUGGAGAAGAUGAACGAAUACGCCGAUUUCUUCAAACGCGAAUUUGCGGGGGAUCCUGUAGAAAUGGGCCAGUGCGACGGAUACGUGCGAAGCGGAAAGACUCAGCGCUGCGUGCGCCAGUGGCUCAACUUGAGCAAGCUCAGUGCGCUCGUCGUGAGCGUGUCCGACCGAUAG